AUGGGUGACAUGCCGCAGGUGGUGGCUUUGGUCGGCCAGUCUGGCAGUGGCAAGACCAGCUGCGUGUCCCUGUUGCAGCGUCUCUAUGACUGCCAGGCACAUGCACGAGCGGUACCAGCAGUCAAAGUGGGCAACAAAGUUCAAGGGCUGACCGGUGGUUCAAACUUGACCGCACUUGACAUGUUGCAUCGUUGCAAUUGGUUGCAUCUUGGCCAGGUGAAAGAGCUGAAAAUGACACCACCGAUUCCACCGAUUCCGAUCCUGGCUGCAGAUGGUCCAAAGCCCAAAAAGGCUUCAAUUUUGGAGCCCAUCCUGUUUGCCAUCAGCGCCCGGGAGAACAUUGCUUUCGGAGUGGAGGAGGCCGAUCAGACAAAGCUGGAGGAAGCUGCAAAGCUUGCGAAUUGCCAUGGCUUCAUCUCGGAAUGGGAAAAGGGAUACGACACUCUGGUUGGUGAGCGAGGAAUCCAGCUGAGUGGAGGCCAAAAGCAGCGAGUUGCUAUCGCUCGAGCAGAACUCUCAGGAAAGUCAGCAGUCCACAAGUCGUACGGCAUAGUCAGAAAGUUGAAUGGUGUGGUUCAGUGUCUCUGA